AUGGUUCUUUUAGGAUGGCUUAGCACUGGUAGCAUGAAUAAUGCACGAUAUCAACACACAGCAUCUGUAUUAACAAAUGGAAACGUGUUAGUUACUGGUGGGUCGGGUAAUAGUGGUCUUCUAAAUAGUACUGAGUUGUAUGAUCCAUCAACAGGAACUUGGACAAUGACUGGUAGUAUGAAUAAUCAACGAUAUUGGCACACAGCAUCUGUAUUAACAAAUGGAAAAGUGUUAGUUACUGGUGGAUGGGAGAGUAGUGGUGGUUCCGUAAAUAGUACCGAGUUAUAUGAUCCAUCAACAGGAACUUGGACAAUGACUGGUAGUAUGAAUAAUGGACGAUAUGGGCACACAGCAUCUGUAUUAACAAAUGGAAAAGUGUUAGUUACUGGUGGAUGGAGGAGUAGUGGUGAUCCCAUAAAUAGUACUGAAUUGUAUGAUCCAUCAACAGGAACUUGGACAAUGACUGGCAGUAUGAAUAAUCAACGAUAUUGGCACACAGCAUCUGUAUUAACAAAUGGAAAAGUGUUAGUUACUGGUGGAUGGAGGAGUAGUGGUGAUCCCAUAAAUAGUACUGAGUUGUAUGAUCCAUCAAUAGGAACUUGGACAAUGACUGGUAGUAUGAAUAAUGCACGAUAUCUACACACAGCAUCUGUAUUAACAAAUGGAAAAGUGUUAGUUACUGGUGGAUCGGGGAGUAGUGGUGAUUCCAUAAAUAGUACUGAGUUGUAUGAUCCAUCAACAGGAACUUGGACAAUGACUGGUAGUAUGAAUAAUGAACGGUAUGCGCACACAGCAUCUGUAUUAACAAAUGGAAACGUGUUAGUUACUGGUGGAUGGAGGCGUAGUGGUAGUUCCGUAAAUAGUACUGAGUUAUAUGAUCCAUCAACAGUAACUUGGACAAUGACUGGUAGUAUGAAUAAUGCACGAUAUCAACACACAGCAUCUGUAUUAACAAAUGGAAACGUGUUAGUUACUGGUGGAUUAAAUGGCAUUGCUUUGAAUAAUUCAGAAUUAUAUUAA